CCACAAUAUCCAUUGGAGAACUCAAAUCGAGCGUGGACGAAGAAUUGCUUACCAUGAGGGUUUCUCCUUGAAACUCUCCCAAUUUCAUCUUCCCCUCCUUCGCUCCUCUCCCUGUUUUCUCUCCCAAAUCCCACACUCCUCAUCCUCACAAUCAUAAAAUAUUCCACACCCUUCUCUUUCUCAAUAAAUUAACAUUCUCCUUGCCAAGUUUGUACUCUUUCAUUUGAUGCGCACUUUUUUCGUCGAUUUGUCCCUCUCUCUCUGUUCUUGAGAUUUAGAGCUUGAACUGAAUUGGAUUUCAUCUGGGUUCUUGACGAACGAUCUUAUUUGUUCAUCUUUGUUGGAUUAUAUACAAAUUUCUCAUGUCUGGCAGUGGUGGAAGUGCGAUCUUGAAAUGGAAGAAGUUGCAGGCAAUAAGGCUGCUCUGUUUCUCAAAUCACAAUUACCGCACGACCCAGAUUUGCCCCAUUUCGACCCAUCUCAAUUAUCUUCAUGUUUCGAGUUAUCGCCGGCGGGAAUCGUUUAUCGGCGUUCAGGAGCGGUACAAAUGGGACAACGGCGGGUCUGGUUCCGAUGAUUUCAAUUCACAGUCGAAUAACACAGGUACUCCAAUCCGUAAGAUUCGGGCUGAGGCCAAUUGUCCACGUUGUUCCAAGCAUAUGGAUAUCAUCUUCUCUAGCCGCCAUUUCCCAACCCUUAAUCCUCCUUCUGGUGAUGCUCCUCCCAAGGCUGCUGGAGGAAGAGAAGCCUACGAGGCUGUUAAUUUGUGCCCCAGUUGCAAAUCCGCUUACUAUUUCCGCCCUUACAAGAUCGCUCCUCUACAGGGCAGCUUCAUUGAGAUCGGUAAUCUGAAUUCCAAACCGAAGACCGCAGUAAAAAGGAUCACUAGCAAAGAUGGUAAAGGUAAUGCCAUGAUCGGUACUUCAGAUGAAAAUUAUGCGAGUGGUAGGCUGAGAGUCUCGUUAUUCGAAACUAUGAGAUCGUCUGGUGGAGAACCGCCUGAAAAUUGGCCUCCUGGACCUCCCCCCGUCAAUGGGUUGGCGGUGCAUUCUCCUCCGGGACCGCCGUUUGUUCCUGGUGUGAACUUCGUUCGGGCUACAGGUCCCGGUGGAAACACCUCCGGUUCUGGUGGAAAUGGCGCUGGUGAUGGUAAGAAGAGUGAGUGGGGUGGAUCGAAUUUGGGGAAGGAUCUACCAACUCCAAAAGAGAUUUGCAAGGGUUUGGACAAAUUUGUUAUUGGCCAAGAAAAAGCCAAGAAGAUACUCUCUGUGGCUGUACAUAACCAUUACAAACGAAUAUAUCAUGCUUCCUUGCAAAAAGGGUCGGGAACUGAAUCAGGUACCCAAGAUCGGAUAGAUGAUGAUGAUAACGUAGAGUUAGAAAAGAGCAAUGUUCUUUUGAUGGGCCCAACAGGCUCUGGGAAGACACUCCUUGCAAAGACUUUGGCUCGAUUUGUGAAUGUGCCAUUUGUCAUUGCUGAUGCUACAACUUUAACACAGGCUGGUUAUGUUGGAGAAGACGUCGAAUCGAUUUUGUACAAGCUACUUGCUGCAGCAGAAUUUAAUGUACAAGCAGCUCAACAAGGGAUGAUUUACAUUGAUGAAGUUGACAAGAUAACAAAGAAGGCUGAGAGUCUAAAUAUUAGCAGAGAUGUUUCUGGUGAAGGCGUUCAACAGGCAUUAUUGAAGAUGCUAGAAGGAACUAUAGUAAAUGUUCCUGAGAAGGGGACGAGAAAACAUCCUCGCGGUGAUAACGUUCAGAUAGAUACAAAAGAUAUUUUGUUCAUAUGUGGUGGAGCGUUCAUAGAUCUUGAAAAGACAAUCUCUGAUAGACGGCAAGAUUCUUCUAUCGGUUUUGGCGCGCCUGUUCGUGCUAACAUGAGAAUGGGAGGGGUUACGAGUGCUGCUGUUACAUCUUCGUUGCUGGAAACGGUUGAGAGUUCUGAUCUUAUAGCAUAUGGUCUCAUACCAGAGUUUAUAGGGCGUUUUCCAAUUCUUGUUAGCUUAUCAGCCUUGACUGAAGAACAGCUUGUCCAGGUCCUCACUGAACCGAAAAACGCCCUCGGUAAGCAGUACAAGAAGUUGUUUGGCAUGAAUAACGUGAAGCUGCAUUACACAGAGAAAGCACUGAGACUGAUUGCCCAGAAAUCAAUGGCCAAGAACACUGGUGCCAGAGGCUUGAGAGCCAUACUGGAAACCGUUCUUGCAGAAGCCAUGUAUGAGAUCCCCGAUGUCAAGACUGGAAACGAAAGCGUAGACGCCGUUGUCGUUGACGAAGAAUCCGUUGGCUCACUAAAUUCAAGAGGCUGCGGAGGCAAAAUUCUUCGUGGCGAUGGAGCGUUGGAGCGGUAUCUAGCGGAAACCAAGUCGAAAGAAUCAGAGGAUAAUAUGGAGGAAGGCGAGGCAGAGAUGUCAUCAAGAGCUGUGAGUCUAUAGAAACGUGCAAGAUAAGGUAACCACGACCGUGAUGAAAAGAAAAAGAAAAAAAAAAAAAUACAUUUCCCCUUUUUGGCUUAUGUUAUUUUGGGGGAAGAAAUAAACAAAUAUGGUGUAAUUAUCCCAUUGUAACACCACAUAGCUCGGGUUAAGUCCAUUGUGUUAGGGAGGAUGGAAGGAAAAAGGCAUUCAUCGUUUAGGCUAACAUAUCUAUUAUAUCUGAGUAAUCUGUAAAAUGAAAAGGAAAUAGCUGCCCAUUAAGAUGUCUUCUUCCCAUUUAUUUUAUUAAAUUAUAAAUUUAGUCAUU